AUGGUGCGGGCAUCUAGUGCAAAGCUCUGGUGGAAUUUCCGCAGGGUGUAUUCACUUUGGGGGAGUUUCAUGACUGCUAAGUACUGCAGUCGAGUUCACCCGGUGGCGAAACUAGUGCAAAGUUCCGAUUCACACACCUGGAAGCGAAUGCUCAGCAUUAGGAAUGAGGUAGAGGCAGUCUUAGGUUGGCGCCUAACUCACGGGGAUGUUAAUCUCUGGUGGGAUAACUGGUCCGGCCUCGGCACACUAGGGCGCCUUUACCCCUUCCCGGGGGUAGAAUACUCUGGUGAUCUGCUGUCUGACUUCAUCCAGAACGGGGAGUUGGAUCUUUCGCCGUAUGAUGAUCUUCUGCCGCCUGGAUUGGAGGCUGACAUGUCCCGGCUUGGUCAAAGAGUAGCUGACAUCCCUAUUUGGCGGGUGGCUACGGACGGUUUUUUUUCUUUUUCCUCUGCAAAAUCUUUAUUGAGACCUGAACCGGUGUACUCGGAUCCUCUUUUGAGUGCAUGUUGGCAUAAGCAUUUACCCUUUAAGGUGUCAUUUCUUGCUUGGCGUGUGUUAAGGGGUCGCCUGCCCACUGAUGAUGCCAUGGCUAGAUUUGGACACCUUAUUGUCUCAAGAUGCUGGUGCUGCAAUAACCCUGUUAGGGAAACUAUUGAUCACAUCUUUUAUGCGGGGGACACUGCUAGGGCUGUAUGGGGAUUUUUUAUGGGGUCACUCGGCUUGCGGUUCAGUCAUCGGGGUCUACGGACGCUCUUGACUGGGUGGAAGCGAGUGGUUUCGCAUAACCGUCUUGUUGCUUUUAUUAUCUGCAGGUUGCCUUAUCUUAUCUUAUGGGAGUUAUGGAAGCAAAGGAACACAUGCCUGCAUAGCAGAGGGUCGCCGAGUGUACCUCGAGUGGUGUAUGGCGUUGCCAAAGGGGUGGCAGAAUGUCUCUUUAGGCGAUGGCCGCAGGAACACAUCCUUCCCCCUAAUUGGCCUGUCAUUCUGUCCUACAUAGAUUCCACUGUACCGCGGCGCGUGGUUCGCGCUGUUAGAUGGGAUCCCCCUCCCGAUGGUUCCAUAAAGCUCAAUUUCUCAUAUUCUGAGGCGUUGGGUGGGGCUGCUGCCUUGGUACGUAAUCGGGGGGGCGGUCUCUGCUACGGCCUAGCCAUUUCGGCAGACGACGGGUUUCGGGACUUUUUCCAGGUUAUGCACCGCUCUCUUGAAUGGUGUUUGGCCGAGGGUUUUAGAUCCCUGGUCCUAGAGUCUGUUUUGCCUGAGCUUAAGGGUUAUGUAGACCCCACUACACCUAGUCCAUGGGUCUUUGACUCUGAUGUGUCACGGCUCCGGUUUCUUUGUUCCUGUGCAUCUGUUUUUGUUCUUCAGUGCUUGCCGCAGGGUAAUCUCCCGGUGGCUGCAUUGGCAGAUUGGGUUGGGGACAAGGACGGGGAUUUUAUUUUCAGUAAUUUGUCAGAUUUACCACCGAGAGUGCGUGCGUUGCUGGUUCAUGAUGAUAUCCCAUCGGUGGUUUUUGAUGAUUACGACCCGCCUUGA